AUGUUUUAACAGAUCCAGGAAAUACUUUUCAUUUGACGUGGAUCUUCUGACUCGUCCGUCUUAUAAUUAGACUUUUGUUAAAGCAGCUGAAGGCUUGAUGACUGAGAAUAAAAUCUAAAACCGGAAACAGAGCAACAGAGCAGGAAAAAACAAAAAGCAGAAAAUUCUGCAGCGGCUGGAUCACCUGAAAAACCAACCAGGUUGAAUCAAAAUGCUGAAAACGUUUUUUAGCCUGUUGGUGUGUCUCGCUGCCUUCAGCCUGGUUUGCUUUGCUCUGUUUCUGUUUUACUCCGAGAACAGAAAAUUAUUUUCCAUCGCUUCAUUAAACAGAGAAACUAACCCGGAGGAAUCUGCAGGUCCGACAGGACGUCCAGGAAAGUCUCUGGAUCCGUGCGCCGACGUCCCUCCGAACCUGCAGGGAGUUCUCCAAGUGGAGUUCAGAACCAACCGGACCCUGCAGGACGUCCGGAACCACGUCGGCCCGUUCCUUCAGCAGGGAGGCCGGUACCGACCAACCAGCUGCAGGGCGAAACAAAAGGUGGCUGUCAUCAUCCCGUUCAGAAACCGGUAUGAACACCUGACCCACUGGCUCUACUACCUCCAUCCGGUCCUGAUGCGUCAGCAGCUGGACUACGGUGUGUACGUCAUCAACCAGGACGGAGACGGAGUGUUCAACCGGGCCAAGCUGAUGAACAUCGGAUUUGUUGAAGCACUGAAAGAAUACGAUUACGACUGUUUUGUCUUUUCUGAUGUAGACCUGGUACCAAUAGAUGACAGAAACCUCUACAGAUGUUCUGACCAUCCCAGACAUUUAUCUGUGGCUGUGGACAAGUUUAACUUCAUCCUGCCCUACGCCACCAUCUUCGGUGGAGUCUCAGCGUUGUCCGAACAGCAGUUCCUUAAAGUCAACGGCUUUUCAAACACCUUCUGGGGCUGGGGUGGUGAAGACGACGACAUGUCGCAGCGGAUCUCUUACAGACGGAUGUUCAUAUCCAGACCAGACUCCGUCACUGGGAGGUACAAGAUGAUAAAACAUAAGAGAGAUUCUCACAACGAUCCAAACCCAAGAAGAAUUCAGAAACUGAGAGAAACCUAUUCUAACAUGGACAAGGAUGGGCUUAAUUCUCUGAAUUACACAGUCAGGGAGAUUAGGAAGGAUUUAUUAUACACUUUUGUUACAGUGGAUGUUCAGGCUGAUGUGGAUCCAGAUGUUUCUGUCUCAGAGUUCAAUCAAAGCAAAAGUCAAUUUAAAACCAGCAGAACAAAAAAUGUAUCCAAUCUGGUCAGUCCUGCAAUCCACAACAGCAAGGCUUUAUAACGUUCAACUCAGUCCAAACUAAACCGAUGCAGCAAGCAUGUGGCGACAGUGGACAGGAUCAACCUACAUUAAACGGGUCGAAGCCUCCAGCAGGACCAGCUGGUGGAUCCACUUUAUGAACUGACAGAACCGGAUCUUCCACCAAACGCUCUUCAGACCAAAGUAAAACUGUUUUUACUUGAUUCUCCUAAAUUCAGCCAUGAUGUUUGUCUUGAUUUAUUUCUGAGGGAGUUUCUACCAUCCAAACAUUUAAAUUAAAAACCUUGUUUUUAAUUUAAAUCAUUCAGAUUUUUAUAUGCUGUAAACAGUAAAGGGAAGGACUUUAUUAAAUAAACAAUGAGGGGAUAUGUAAUGAAAUGAUUCAUAUUUAUGAAGUCUUAUGAAAUGAUUUUGGUUAUUUUUCAUGUAAAAAUGAAUCAGAUUGAAGGAAAAUCUCAUAAACAGGAUUUUAGUGAAAAUGAGUCUUUAUUCUCAUGCAGUCUCAAAUGUUUUCAGUGAAAUUUUCUGUAGCUUCCUGAUAAAGAGGAGAACAGAGGAAGUGAGAAGCUACUGGACUGUAAUAACUUUAUGGGAUUCUUUAAAAAUAAAACUCAUUUUCCUAAACAAAACGUCAUCCUGAACGUGAUUACUCCGUCUGUUAGAGAGGCAGCGCUGAAUGAAACUACAGGCUGUUUGGGCUCCUAUAUUCUCAUUUAAAGAUAUUAAUAUUAAUAUACAGUAUAUCUUGUCUGCUAAAAAUGCACAAAGAUCACUAAACUAAACAUAAUCUGCUCAGAAAACGUCGUAAUUAAAGCUAAAUUGGACUCUAAA